UACGCUCCUCGUGCAGAACCACGUCAUAUUAAUUCGCAGUUGGAAGAAAAACGUUGGAAAGAGGGAAAGAUGGCACAUCGAAACAACAACACAUUUGUCGUAACCGAACAAAGGGACAGUUCCUGGACAAUAUCACCCGACUGUCUUUAGACUAACAACAUCUCCGACACAGUAAAAACAGUAUUUCCGAAGGGGGGUUUUGUUCAGAAAAGCCCUCCCCCGAAUUUGACUGCACGCAUCUCUCUGGCGUUUACUGCUUGUAAACAGAUCCUCCUCUCUUGACGUCGAUGGGAACCGCGGCUCUGCAUUGAUUGUCUGUAACGUUAGUCGCACAAAGGGAGCCAGACAACGAAUGUAGCAGACAGGUGAGCGAGCCAGGUGGAGCGAUGACAAGCCUGGCAACUAACAAUAAUAAUUCGACUCUUACGCCGUUCGUGGCUGUUUUGUUCUUAUGGAUGUAACGUUAGUCGAGCAAUUUAACGGGCAUAUCUUCAACUUGACGUUUGAUUUGAGAAAAUUCUGCGCAACGUUCAGAGGGUCGCUAAUCAACUCUCCAAGCUUCUAAACAAAGCGAGCCACGUUUUUUGUUGUUGUUUUCUUCUCGGUUAGCUAGUCUUUUUAGCCUCAACGACCAACUGUGAUAAGGGGUACCGGUAUUCGUGUGUGAGCUCUUUAGCUCCGUUUUUACUGGCUGGAUGAGAUGUCAUUCAUGAUGGAGGAAUCUGUAGAGUCGGACUGGGUGGCCGUUCGACCAAAUGUUUUCGACGAAAAGGAAAGACACAAAUUCGUUUUUAUCGUCGCUUGGAACGAGAUCGAGGGAAAGUUCGCCAUAACCUGCCACAAUAGAACAGUACAGAAACGGUCUGCGUUUCGGGAUUCGCUCUUGGAAGACGUCGAAUGCGACCUCGCAUCCCCCGCCACACUAGCACCCGAGGCAGACAAACGCAAAACUCCACUAAAAAGUCCCACCAAAAGAAAAGAUGACAUCUCCGCAUUGAUUAAAGUUAGAUCUAAUGUCAAACCGAAAGGGAAAAGUCCGACAAAGAGUCCCAUUCGAGAGAAUACAGCCGCGGUAGGUGCCUCAUCAAGGCCAGCCGAGAGUGUUAUCAAAACACUUACGUUAGGGUCGUGGGACAUCGUGCCCUCAAAGAUGACCGACAUCGAGGUCUUGGAACCAGCGGAUGUCUCUGGGUUGCCUCGCUCCUCGGACGACGGCGACGGAGAGGAGUCGGAUAGCAGCCGAGAGGGCUACAGCUGGGCAGGUCUGUUCGCCUUCCAGGACGUGCGGGCAGCCCACGUCCAGCUCUGCGCUGUCAACUCGGACCUGGAGCCCUGUCUGCCCCCUUUCCCCGAGGAGCAGUCAGGCAUGUGGAAGGUGCUAUUUGGGGCCCCUGAGGUAUCUCAACGGGAGACGGACGCUCUGUGUUACCAACUACAGGUGUACCUGGGCCAUGCUCUGGACACCUGCGGCUGGAAGAUUCUUGCCCAGGUGCUAUUUACAGAGAGUGAUGACACAGAAGAGUACUAUGAGAGUUUGAGUGAGCUGAGACAGAAGGGAUAUGAGGAGGCUCUCCAGCGGGCCAAGAAACGGCUCCAAGAGCUGCUGGAGAGGCACCGGGCCAUGGAGAGUAUGGUGGAGCUGCUGCAGGUGUAUCCAGAGGAGGACGAGGCCUACGGAGAGUUACUGGAGGCUACAACACAACUCUACCACUACCUACUGCAGCCCUUCAGAGACAUGAGAGAACUGGCCAUGCUGCGCAAACAGCAGAUCAAGAUCUCCCUGGAGACGGAGCGUCUGGGUCCUCGUCGCGUGGAGGGGCUGAGGAGGGAGGAUGAGGAGUGGACGAGGAAGGCUCACGCUGCCGUCCUCUCCAUACAGGAUCUCACCGUCAAGUUCUUCGAGACCACUGCCAGGGCUCAGAAAGCGGUUUACGAGCGGAUGCGUGUGGACCAGAGGAAGUUUGGCAAGGCGGCGUGGGCUGCAGCUGUGGACCGCAUGGAGCGUCUACAGUACGCCGUGUCCAAGGAAACACUGCAGCUGAUGAGGGCCAAGGAGAUCUGCCUGGAGCAGAGGAAACAUGGCCUGAAACAGGAGAUGCAAAACCUGCAGGAGGGAGAGGAUGCCAUGUUGCGGUUGGACCAGAUGGAGGCGCUGUACUAUGAGCUCCAGCUGCAGCUCUAUGACAUCCAGGCUGAGGUGCUGCGCUGUGAGGAACUGCUGCUCAAUGCCCAGCUCACCAGUCUACGCAGACAGAUCACUGAGCGCCAGGACGAGGUGGUGUAUUAUGAUGCGUAUGAGAGUCCUGAUGCCAUGCAGGGGGUGGAGGAACCCUCAGCUCCCCCUCCGUCCCCCCGAGACGAGCUUAGCCAGCUGCAGCAGAGGACCAGACAGCUAGAGGCACGCAGGGGACGCAUCACCACCAAGAAGGUCUACCUUAAGAACAAAAAGGAGAUCUGUAUCGUCAACCACAACCAGAAGAUACAGCAACGCCAGGGUAGUCAGGACGACCAGACAUCGCAUCAAGCGCUGCAACAGCGAGGGGAGGAGCAGGAGGAAGAGGAGGAGGAGAGGAGUAACACCAAAAUGAGUCUGGAUAGAUCAAGAACUCUGGACAGACUACGCAGCUUCAAACAGCGUUUCCCUGGUCAGGUGACUCUGAAGUCCAGCAGACUGCUUAUGUCUCACGGCCAGUCCCGGAAGAAAACCAUCUCCUCCUCCCCCCUCUCCCCUGUGGGGAGGCCUGAGACCCUAGCUGCCAGUGUCCAGACAGACACCGCUGACCUCACAGAGCUCUCUGCCCCUUCCUCUGAUGCCUGUGGUCACCAGAGUGUCUCUCUAACCCUGCUAGGGGGUGCCACUGGGCCUCUCUCUGCCCCCUCCUCUCUAACUCCUCUCUCAGCGCUCCCGUCCUCUGCACCUCCACCACCUCCUCCUCCCCCACCCCCUCCCUCCUUAGAGGACCUCUCCAGUGAAGGAGGGGAGCGGGCUCACCCCACUAGCCCAGUUCGGCAGUCCAAGGCUGGGUUGGAUUCAGAGCCUCUCCCCCUGGCUCCUUUCUCCCCACGGUUCUUUGACAGCAGUCAGCUGCAGACAGCCAGGAAGAAACUGAAGAAGACCGCCUCGCUGGACUCCUCACAGUGGAGGAGAGCGAGUUCCCCCAUGGACGAGGUCCUGAACUCCCUCAAGCGAGGCAGCUUCCACCUGCGGAAGGCAGAGCUCCGGGUCCUAGCCCCCGAUCCAGACGAUGACGAGAGCAACAACAUCCUGGCCCAGAUCAGGCAGGGCGUUAGGCUGAGGAAGGUGCGGACGCGGCCGGACCAGCAGCGGCACCCCAAGGGCUCGUUCCCCCACUCUGCCGACGCUCUGACCCGCUCCAUCCACGAAGCCCUGAGACGCAUCAAGGAGGCUUCGCCUGAGUCCGAGUCUGAGGACGAGGGCCUGCCCUGCACCGACUGGGACUCUGACCUUUGAUCUCAGCCUGCUACUAUCUACUAUUUCUGGCUCAACACGGACAGACCGCGGAAAGCGGUGUAGAGAUGUUUCUUCAGAAAAUAGGUCAGAAGUAACUUUUUCUUACUGUUUCUUCUCGUCUUUGAAAUGGACCACUAGCCUUUCCCCUUUCCUCCUGCUUUUCUAUGUUGUGCUCCUCCUGCUCUAUCCCAAGUCAAGCACAUUGAGAUCCUUGUGAUGGAAGUCACUAUGGAAAUAAAAUUCCUUCAUUCGAUUCCUUCAUUGUCCUGUACUAAGUGGGGGAAUAAGGACCCCUUGUCAGUGCACAGACUAGAAAGCUAGGGUUCUGGGAUCCCGUAUGUAGACUGAACUAUGAGGUUGGAGAGUUGAACUGUAGGUUGCUGUGGUGCGUUUGCUUUUACAUGUGACAGGAUUGAGCGUUUUCUUCAACGUUUAUUCAACCCCCUGCAGAAUAAGGUGUGUUAUUGCUUGGCUGGAACAAAAGCUUGCACCCACAUGGGUGAGCUUGGCCACCCCUGGUAUUGGGGUUGAGAAGUCAUGAUGAUGUUCUCUGUAAGAUCGGCGCCCUGACAGCCAGCCGAAGUAUCCAGCUCUACCCAGGUGUCAUUCAUUCCAUAUACCAUAUUAAUAUUCAUGAAGUGUGUUGUUUCUGUUGACAUUUUUUAAAGUGUGCUUUUACCUUUUACGGUCAUUUUUAUUUCCAAAGGAGUGUUUCUUUUUUUUUUUACUGCCUUGUUUUUACUGCUAUUAUUUUCCAAGCGAGUCCACUAGUAGCGGUUUUACCAGGAGUCGCUUCAUGUUUUUAUCUACGUUUGACUAUCUAAGAGUUGUGUCAAAACUGAACGAUUCUUGCACUGUAUGAAGGACACGAUGAAGAAAGAAUGCUGUACUGUUAGGAACUGAAGGACUGAGAGUGCACAACUGCUGUCCAAAUUGUUUGGCCAGGUCAAAGGUCGUAGUACUGUAUUUUUCCAGCACCAUCUUCAGUGGUCUUCAAAAACAGUCACAUAGAAAUGUAUGGUGCUGAUAUGAUUGUCUGUCAUUUAGAAUAGGGAUCCUGUCAGCUCCAUUCAUCAUAUUUCUAUCUGUGUGUUUACCUCACUGAAUCCACCAGUGGUGUGGUAACUAACCUCAGUGAGUUAGUGGACUGAGCAUAUGGAGCUCAUGCUGUGUCUUUAUGGCAAGUGGUCAAAAUCCAAUCAUGUGACUUUCUGCAGCAUCCAGAUCUCUGGCUGCGUCUCAGUAUGAAGUGGGUUCCUCGUCUCCUCUCCAUCUGCACUGAUCUAUAAAGCGUGGGUAGGUGACAGCAACAUAGUGGAAUGACUCAGUGGAAUUAGCUUUCCACUUUCUUAGUGCAGGUGGAGAGAAGUUUAGGAGUCUUAGAGGCAGUCAUUUUAGUUAUGAGAUGCCCUCCUAGUCCUGUCUCAUGUUCUCGGUAGACAGGAUUUUACAGUAUGUAUAUCUGUUGGGAAAUGACUCGUUUUUAUCAUUGUAUUUAUGUAGGUUUUCUUUUAUACAUAUCUUUGUAUAAUCCAAAUGUAUUAUUAGUUUCCAUUUUUAGCCAUCUAAUCUCAUUUCUGUCUUCAGCUAACUCUACAGUUUGACCCUAUGACCUUAUGCAUGUGGCUGGCCUGGUCUGAUUUGAAGAUGAAUCUGUCACUAGAUAAGUGCAAUAUUAAACAGAAAAAUGUAUUAUAAUGUAAUCAAGUGUACAUCCUGAAAAUACAUUGGCAUGCUUAAAAACGUAUUUAUUGAGUUUUUUUUUAUUUAAAGAAAUGGAGUAAGGAUUUAUAAAGCAAUACCACACAAUUUAAUGUGCUUUUUAAGAUUUUUUUUUUGUGUUGCAUUUGACUCGUCUUUUCCCGUCAUCGCAUUCCUAACUGCUUUAUAUAUAUCCCAGUUAUUUUUUUCCUUCAAAAUAAAACAAAGUACCAAAAUGUC